GAUAAAUGCUGGUGGCUGCAACGAAAGCUAAUUAUUCCGUCAGCAGCUCCGCAUCUCUAUUUCUCUGCUGCUGCUCCUCUUUCUCCUCCUUCCUCACCUCCUCCUUUCUCUCCAUUCGAUCUCAGUUCCCAAUCGUCUUUCCAUUUCUUGUCGCUGUUGAUUGAGAUGGCAGGAUCUGUUAUUCAGCAGUUAUUGAGGAGAAAACUCCAAUCACUUUCUCCUAAUCCUUCUUCUAUGUCAUCCAUUGUCACAAAGAACAAUGAUGCUGGCUCAACUGGCAGCAGCUCCAUAAGAGCCCUCGCAUUAAUUGGAGCUGUUGUCUCAGGGUUUUUGGGUUUCGCGACAACAGCAUCAGCUGAUGAAGCUGAGCAUGGCCUGUCAUGUCCAAGCUAUCCAUGGCCUCACGAGGGCAUCCUCAGUUCAUAUGACCAUGCUUCGAUUCGUCGUGGACAUCAAGUUUAUCAACAAGUUUGUGCUUCCUGUCAUUCUAUGUCUUUGAUAUCAUACCGUGAUUUGGUCGGUGUUGCUUAUACUGAAGAAGAGGUAAAGGCUAUGGCUGCGGAGAUUGAGGUGGUUGAUGGCCCUAAUGAUGAGGGUGAGAUGUUUACACGCCCUGGUAAACUCAGUGAUCGCCUUCCUCAGCCAUAUGCAAAUGAAGCAGCUGCUAGGUUUGCUAAUGGAGGAGCCUAUCCUCCAGAUCUAAGUCUUAUUACCAAAGCUCGGCACAAUGGUCAGAACUAUGUGUUUGCCCUUCUAACCGGUUAUCGUGAUCCCCCUUCCGGUGUUUCGAUUAGAGAAGGACUGCACUAUAAUCCUUAUUUUCCUGGCGGGGCCAUUGCUAUGCCUAAAAUGCUUAAUGAUGGUGCUGUUGAGUAUGAAGAUGGUACCCCUGCUACAGAAUCUCAGAUGGGGAAAGAUGUUGUGUCAUUUCUGUCUUGGGCUGCCGAACCUGAGAUGGAAGAGAGAAAACUGAUGGGAUUUAAAUGGAUAUUUGUACUAUCACUAGCAUUACUUCAAGCUGCCUAUUACCGCCGCCUUCGGUGGUCUGUUCUAAAGUCUCGCAAGCUGGUUCUUAAUGUUGUCAAUUAGCUGCCUUCAAGCUUCACUUUUCAUUUUAGGAAAAAUUAUUUUGUGGCAAUGAUUGUCAAAUAUUAUCAUGUCAAAUUUGUUGACGGGCGAACCUGAAGCAGAUUCUGUUUAUGUUUGAGAUAGAAAUAAAGUUGUUGCAUUGUAUGUGAGAUAAGUUACUUCACUUUUUCUCCCCCUUCUUAAACCUGUGUAUUUCUUACAUUCUCUAGGACCCUUGCACUCUUAUUUUGACGAAAUGUGAAUUUUCAUAAUAAUUGAUCUGUGGUUGGGUUUUA